CCGACAGCGACCCCUGAGCCCCCGCGAGAAGGAAAAGGGCUAAGCCGGCUGUGCCGGGGGCCGUGCAGGUGCCAUGACCCACUCCCAGGUGUCUUCCGAGCUUCACCACAUUGUCUCCUCAGCCUUCCAGAGCCCUGAGCAGGAGGCGCUGGGCGCCGGCUCACCUGCCUUCGGGGAGGAGGAGGAGGAGGAGAAGGACCUGAACAAGGCCCUGGGUGUGGAGCGCUUCGAGGAGAUCCUGAACGACGCUCACCCCCGCAACGCUGAGGAGGCCGGGCGCAGCUACGGCGAGGAGGACUUCGAGUACCACCGGCAGUCGUCCCACCACAUCCAUCAUCCACUCUCCACGCACCUGCCCCCUGACGCCCGCCGCAAGAAGGGGAUCCCGAAAAAGGGCAAGAAGAAGACCCGGCGUGCCUCUGUCCCCGGAGAGACCCCCACCAUCGAGGAGGCUGAAGAGGAUGAGGAUGACGCGUGCGACACGGAGACGGAGCGGUCGGCGGAGGAGCUGCGGCAUCCCGGGCCAGCCGAGGCAGUGCAGUUCUUCCUGCAGGAGGAUGAGGUGACCGAGCACCAGGGAGAGCAGCCAGCAGCCCCCGUGGUACUGCCUGGCUCCCCCCCUGAGCCCCGAGGGGGCAUGACCCCGGGGGAAGCCCAGGCCAGCCCUGAUGCAGAGCAGGGGGCUCUGCGGGAGGGGGCAGCCGCUGAGGCUGGGUCCCCAGGGCGCCCUGCGCCGAAGUCACAGCCGGGGCACCGGAGCUACAACCUGCACGAGCGGCGCUGCAUCGGCAGCAUGACGGCUGCAGAGCAGGACCGGUACCAGAAGAUGCCCACGGACGAGUCGGAGGCACAGACCCUGGCCUCGGCUGACCUGGACUACAUGAAGAGUCACCGCUUCGAGGAUGUGCCAGGCGUGCGCCGGCACCUGGUGCGGAAGAGCGCCAAGGCACAGAUGGUUCACGUCAGCAAGGACCACAAGGAGCCCAGCACACGGCAGCGCAAGCAGGACAGGCAGCCCCACGAGGUGUUUGUGGAGCUGAACGAGCUGGUGGUGGACAAGAACCAGGAGCUGCAGUGGAAGGAGACGGCACGCUGGAUCAAGUUUGAAGAAGAUGUGGAGGAGGAGACAGACCGCUGGGGCAAACCCCACGUGGCCUCCCUCUCCUUCCGCAGCCUCCUGGAGCUCCGCAAGACGCUGGCCCACGGGGCCGUGCUCCUGGACCUGGACCAGAAGACACUGCCAGGGGUGGCUCACCAAGUGGUGGAGCAGAUGGUCAUCACGGACCAGAUCCGGGCCGAGGACCGUGCCAAUGUGCUGCGGGCGCUGCUGCUCAAGCACAGCCACCCGAGCGACGAGAAGGAGUUCUCCUUCCCGCGGAACAUCUCUGCGGGCAGCCUGGGCUCCCUGCUCGUGCACCACCACAGCACCAACCACGUGGCUGAGGGCAGCGAGCCGGCCGUCACCGAGCCCCUGAUAGCCGGCCACGCUGGCGAGCACGACACGCGCGUGGACGUGGAGCGGGAGAGGGAGGUGCUCGCUCCCACGCCCCCGGCUGGCAUCACUCGCUCCAAGUCCAAGCACGAGCUGAAGCUGCUGGAGAAGAUCCCGGACAAUGCUGAGGCCACUGUGGUGCUCGUGGGCUGUGUGGAGUUCCUGGACCAGCCCACCAUGGCCUUCGUGCGGCUGCAGGAGGCCGUGGAGCUGGAUGCGGUGCUGGAGGUGCCUGUGCCUGUGCGAUUCCUCUUCGUGCUGCUGGGCCCCAGCAGCACCCACAUGGACUAUCAUGAGAUUGGGCGCUCCAUCUCCACCCUCAUGUCUGACAAGCAAUUCCACGAGGCUGCAUACCUGGCUGAUGACCGGCACGACCUUCUGAAUGCCAUCAAUGAGUUCCUGGACUGCAGCGUGGUGCUGCCACCGUCCGAGGUGCAGGGUGAGGAGCUGCUGCGCAGCGUCGCCCACUUCCAGCGCGAGAUGCUGAAGAAGAGGAUGGAGCAGGAGCGGAGGCUGCUGCUGGAGCCCAAGUCCCCUGAGGAUAAAGCGCUGCUGAAGCUGAAGGUGGUGGAGGAUGAGGCCGAGGAGGAUGACGACCCCCUGAGGCGCACGGGCCGCCCCUUUGGGGGGCUGAUCCGGGAUGUGCGACGCAGGUACCCCCAGUACCUGAGCGACUUCCGUGACGCGCUGGACCCCCAAUGCAUCGCUGCCGUCAUCUUCAUCUACUUCGCUGCGCUGUCGCCUGCCAUCACCUUCGGGGGACUCCUGGGGGAGAAGACGCAGGACCUGAUUGGGGUGUCGGAGCUGAUCAUCUCCACGUCGCUGCAGGGCGUCCUCUUCUGCUUGCUGGGUGCUCAGCCCCUGCUCAUCAUCGGCUUCUCAGGGCCACUUCUUGUCUUUGAGGAAGCCUUCUUCACGUUCUGCACAUCCAAUGAGCUGGAGUACCUGGUGGGGCGUGUCUGGAUUGGCUUUUGGCUCAUCCUCAUCGUGCUGGUCAUGGUGGCCUUUGAGGGCAGCUUCUUGGUGCGUUUUGUCUCCCGCUUCACCCAGGAGAUCUUUGCCUUUCUUAUCUCCCUCAUCUUCAUCUAUGAGACCUUCUCCAAGCUGGCCAAGAUCUUCCAGGAGCACCCAUUGCAUGGCUGCCUGAGUGCCAAUAGCUCAGCCGAGGCCUGGGGCAAUAGCAGCGUGGCCGUGGCCAACACCACAGCCCUAGCCACCAGCCCGGCUGCCCGCGGUGCCACCAAGGUCACGGGGCAGCCCAACACGGCGCUGCUCUCACUUGUGCUCAUGGCCGGCACCUUCUUCAUCGCCUUCUUCCUGCGCAAGUUCAAGAACAGCCGCUUCUUUCCCGGACGGAUCCGGAGGCUCAUUGGGGACUUCGGGGUGCCCAUUGCCAUCCUGGUGAUGGUGCUGGUGGACUACAGCAUCCAAGACACCUACACACAGAAGCUGAGCGUGCCCAGUGGGUUCUCUGUGACAGCCCCAGACAAGCGGGGUUGGGUGAUCAACCCCCUGGGUGUGCAGAGUGCCUUCCCUGUGUGGAUGAUGGUGGCCAGCGGCCUCCCUGCCAUCCUCGUCUUCAUCCUCAUCUUCAUGGAGACCCAGAUCACCACGCUGAUCAUCAGCAAGAAGGAGCGGAUGCUGCAGAAGGGCUCCGGGUUCCACCUCGACCUCCUGCUCAUUGUGGCAAUGGGCGGCUUCUUUGCGCUCUUUGGGUUGCCCUGGCUUGCCGCAGCCACCGUGCGCUCAGUCACCCAUGCCAAUGCUCUCACUGUCAUGAGCAAGGCCGUGGCACCUGGGGACAAGCCCAAGAUCCAGGAGGUGAAGGAGCAGCGGGUCACCGGGCUGCUGGUGGCCGUGCUUGUCGGCCUGUCCAUCGUCAUCGGGGACCUGCUGCGGCAAAUCCCACUGGCCGUGCUCUUUGGCAUCUUCCUCUAUAUGGGUGUCACCUCCCUCAAUGGCAUCCAGUUCUACGAGCGCCUGCAGCUGCUGCUGAUGCCCCCCAAGCACCACCCUGAUGUCACCUAUGUCAAAAAGGUGCGCACGCUGCGCAUGCACCUGUUCACCGGGCUGCAGCUGGCCUGCCUGGCCGUGCUCUGGGCCGUCAUGUCCACUGUGGCCUCCCUCGCCUUCCCCUUCAUCCUCAUCCUCACGGUGCCACUCCGCAUGUGCCUGCUCAGCCGCAUCUUCACCGACCGGGAGAUGAAGUGUCUGGACGCAGCCGAGGCCGAGCCCAUCCUGGACGAGCGGGAAGGUGUGGACGAGUACAACGAGAUGCCGAUGCCGGUGUGAGGGCGGCAGCGCUCACUGCUCGCGGUGGGCACCGGGCACGGGGGGGAGCCCCUCACGGCGGGGCCGGGGCCGGGGCCCUGCGCUGGCCCGGUCCUCGGGGGGCACCGGCCCAAGAGAACGGGCCAGGCUCAGCCCCUCGGACCCCUGGUGCCCGCACCCCGGGACAGAGCCCCCGGCCCCUCAGCAGCCCCUCGGCUCCCGCCCCAUACUCAGGCGUCAGCUGAGCCCCCGGGGUUACGAACAGCCAAUUCAAAGGCAAUAAACAGCUUUAUUCCGAGCACAGGGCUCGGGGCAGAGGUGCUGGGGAGGCCCCUGCCAAGGGAGACCUGCUCCGAGCAGUGCCUGGGGGGGCUGCUGGGGUGGGCUGAGGCCUCCCCCCCCACCCCCCCGCCUUCGACUAAUAAAGA